GGACGCACACUGCACGGAGGAGACACACGGGACGCAGACCAGUCGGCUCCGUCCCUCUACAUCAGUUCUUCAAACCCAGACAAUCUCCGUUUUCGGCUGUUUGCUGUCGCCUCCCCUGAUCCGCAGCCCGCUGCCCACAGACGCAAUGUCGGAACUUUCAGUGAAUGAACACCUCGAGGGGAUUUUAUCAGAUUUUGAAGCACUGAAGAGAUCCUUUGAAAUUGAAGAUGUGGAUGACAUACCAUCCUUCUCCUCACCGUCCCCUAUCUCCUCACCCAUCUCUCACCCUUCCCCACAUUUCUUCCUCAACCACAAUAAAGCCACUGAAGGGAGUAGUGGAGAUGGUCAGUCCUCUUCGUUAGCCUUCAACAACAACAACUUGGAUUCUACAGCUCACCACUCCUGCAAAAGCCUGAAUUCCAAUCCCAGCCCUGUUCUCAAGGCCCGUACAGUUGUUAGCAGCCUGUCCUUCAACCGAGGAAACAUGAACAAGCCCGCCAUUCACCAUAAUGGCUCCUCUGUGGCCAGAGCCUCAUCCUUCCAGAGCAAGUUAAAUCCCAAAAGUUACUACAUGUUUUCUGGUCCUGGCAGUGACAACGACAGCCUUCACAGCUCCUCGUCCAGCCUGGAGUACUCUGGGGGUGGUGGGGUUGCUGUCCCUCUUUCCAAGCUUGGGUCAUAUCCCAGCCCUCCAUCUCACCGAAUCCAACCCCAACCACCACAACAGCACCUAGGUGGAGUUGCCAACAUGGUAAGCAACUAUGGCCUGAAGAAGUUCUCCUCCCAUGGGAGUGUUUUCCACACCGAGAUGGAUCAUGGGUCAGGGAUGAUGCUGGGUGUUCCACAUCCUCGGGAGAUGAACCAUGGCUCGAUGCCCACCCUAGAUGUCCAAAUUUGUGAUGGAGGAGGGGGAAUAGUGGGUGGAGGCAGGGUGUCUCGAGGGUUGAGUAAUGCCAAUGCAAAUGCCAACUGGAAUGGUCAUCCUCAUAAUGACAUAUCUGUUGUGGUCCCAAAGGUCCUCAAGUCUCCCCAGCCUAUGGUCAAAGAGAUACCGCGUCUCAACAAGUUUCCCUUGGAUCUGGACAGCUUGGUGAGCAGCACCUCAACGUCUCCCACCAAGGCUCAAGCAGGAUCCAUGAACCCCAAGCCCACUCGAAGGAGCACAGGGGGCGUCCCGCAUCACACCAGCCCUCCAACCAUUCAAGCCAGCCCUUCAGCCUCUCUCAACAGCAUGGACAGUAUUUCUGACACUCUGUCCGUAUCCCAGCACAAUCCCUUAUUGCCUUUCUCCCCAUGUUCUCCAACUCAUUUACAGGGCUCAGUUCCCAACCCAGAGAUGAGUUGCUCUCGAAUGCUCGUCACGCCAACUCAGAGCCCUAAGCUGGAGGUUGUCACAGGGCCCCAACCUGUUCACAUGGUCCCCAUCCUACCUAGCCCUUACAGCUCAUCAAGCCCCUCCAGCCCCAGAGCCAUUCGGCCUUUGCAGGAUUGUGCUGGUGAUACCAGAGAUAGUGUUGGCUCAAUCUUACAGAGGAUCGCUUCCUUCUCUCAGCCUGCUGCCACUGAAACUACACAAGCAACAGUUUCCCAGUUCCCUACAGUCCCAGGCAAUGGUUGGUUGUCAUCUACAAGUGGAUGCCCUGCUGUACCUGUGCCAAUGCCCUCCAGGAAACAGGGGAAGAGGAAUCAUGAAAACACGACUGAAGAGCUGGAGGCACCCCCGCUCACCCCAAUGGAGGAGAGAGAGGAGGAAGUGGGAGGCAUAAUGGGACAAGAGCAAAAAGAUGAGGACAAGAACGAUGAACAAACCGCCAGCAUGACUACCCAGAAUUCCAUGACAGAAAAAGAGGAGAACUGUUUGGAGGUUUGUCCAGUGAUGGAGGAGAAGGGGAAGGAGAAGGGAAUGAAGGAAGGAGAGAUGAAGAAAGAAAUGGAGCUGGAUGGGGACCUUUGCCAGCCAUUGCCUGGCCAGCAGAUUAGCUUCAUCCAAGGCACUGACCUGUUUGGAUACGUGGGAAUUGAGGCAGUACUGGACCAGAUGAGGCGCAAGACCAUGAAGGCUGGUUUCGAGUUCAACAUCAUGGUAGUUGGUCAGAGUGGUUUGGGGAAGUCCACACUUGUCAACACUCUAUUCAAGUCCAAAGUCAGCCGAAAGUCCUGCAUGCCCAACUACGCAGAGGAGAUCUCCAAAACAGUCAAACUGCAUUCAGUCAGCCAUGUGAUUGAGGAGAAGGGAGUGAAAAUGAAGCUGACAGUGAUCGACACUCCAGGAUUUGGAGACCAAAUCAAUAAUGAGAACUGCUGGGAGCCCAUAGUGAAGUACGUCAAUGAGCAGUAUGAGAAAUACCUAAGGGAAGAGCUGCAUGUGAACCGCAAGAGGAGAAUACCUGACAGCAGAGUCCACUGCUGCAUCUACUUCCUCCCUGCCACUGGACACAGGUUACGCCCUAUUGACGUUGAAUUCAUGAAAAGGUUGGGGAAGAUAGUGAGCAUCGUACCCGUCAUUGCCAAAGCUGACACGCUCACCAUUGAGGAAAGACAGGAGUUCAAAGAGAGGAUAAGGCAAGACUUGGUAGCCAAUGGGAUUCAUGUGUACCCUCAAAAAGAGUUCGAUGAAGAUCUAGAGGAGCACAUUAUCAACGACAGGAUCAGGGAAAGCAUUCCCUUUGCUGUGGUGGGAACCGACAAGGAGCACCAGGUGAAUGGAAACAAGGUGCUGGGCCGUAAAACAAAGUGGGGAAUCAUUGAAGUUGAGAAUGUUGCACACUGCGAGUUUGCCAACCUGAGAGAUCUACUGAUCAGGUCUCAUCUGCAGGACCUGAAAGAGGUGACGCACAACAUCCACUAUGAGACCUACCGUGUACGACGGCUCAAUGAGAGCAACAUGAAGCUCAGUGAAAUGGGACUGUCCACCAGGCCGCUGGAGAAUGGAACUGCAGACAAAUGUGAAUCAGAGAGUCACCUGUAAUCUCUCUGCCGUCUCUGCUGAUGCUCCACGUCCAAUCAGAAUGACAGAUGGAGGGGGGGGGGGAUUUUCACCGCAUAAAAAAUGAGAUGGAGAAAUGUCGUUUUUUUUUCUUAAAUAUGUUUUCCCUUUUUCAUUAUGGGACCAACUUGUUCAUUGUUUCUGAAUGAGAAAUUCUAUUACACAAGACAAAAACAAAUAUGAUUAUAUUUUUCAAUGUGCGCUCAAAUGUACAGUAUUUCCUGGAAGGAUGGAGACAGGGUGAGGGAGAGCAGGCAGAACAAGAUGGCACAAUAAGAGGAAACAUAGAUAUAAACCUGCCAGUUGUAUUACAUUUGGACGGACUCUCUACGGUCGAAUGCUGCAGCCAUGUUUCAGUAUCUGUUGAAAGGACUGGAAGUAGAUGAGGGGAGGCUGUUACAGUACGAGAUUAAUGCUCAUGUUCAGCUGUCAUGUGGGCAGAAUGUACAGGUGUUCACUCACACUUUGUACAGGUGUUCGCUCACAUGACUAAUGCAGUGUUUCAUUCUGUCUUGGUUGGUUUAAAUGUGACCUGAAGGAGAAACCCAUCAUGUUGUUGCUCAAGGGCAGGUUUUAAAUUCAUUUGAUAAUUAAGGUAACAAUGAACACCAAGCAACAUACACAUAGUUAUAGCAUGUAGAACUGGUAACCCCCCCCCCCCCAAUAAAACUGUCAAUUUAAGAAUAGGAACCUGUUCAGUUGCCAAUGCUGCCCUCUUUAUUUUGACUUAACAUAUUCCUUAAUGUACUCUUGAAUUGAAAUACUCUAACCUUGUGAGUAUCAAGUCAACCCACAUGCUGUGGACAAGUGGAUGGUGUGCACCUGGUUUAAGUUACUUCUAUGAAAAGAUUGCUGCCUUUUAUAAUUGUGAGCUUCAUUAAUUAUAUAUCUGACUGUAGAACUUAUAAACAAAAUGAUUUAGACUGUAGGAUUUUGGAGGACAUGUCAUAAUUCAUCAUUCUGAGUUUUGACUUUUGCUAGCUUCUUUUUCCAGUCAGGGUUCUAUGUCCAGAUUUGCAUGGAUAAAACUUAAUAUGCUGUUUAUGUGUUGAAUAUUUUAGGACCACACUUGAGUCUAAGAUACUUUUUUUAAACAUGUAUUCCCUAUUAAAGUGCCAAAACAACAGCAUGAUUGAAGUUGUUAUCCUCUAACUCAUUUUUAAGCUAAACUGAACUCCAAAAUGUUUUGUAACAUUUGUAACACAGCUAGAAUAAAGCAAGUCUUUAUGUCA